UAAAUAGAUGUUGGGAAUCCAUCAGGGCACAGGGAAGAGGUCAAGGGCGACUUGCAGUGCAAGGGGUCAAGUGUGCUACAGUCCAAGCCUCUGAUUCCCAAGCUCUGGCAAUAGUCCCCCGGCACUUGCAGCGUGGCCCAAUCUCCCAAAGGGAGGCAGCCCAUUCGCUCUUUCCCUUUGCCUUUGCAGAGACCUCGAUCCUCAUGCAAAGCAAGCAGCCGCCCCUGUGCUCGGCCGGCAGCCCCAAGAGCCAGUGGGAAGGAAGUCCCCUCCCCACCGGGCCGCCUGAGCCCAGCCCCUCGGCUCUGCUGGCUGGCACAAGCGGGAUCCCGGAUGGAAGAGGUUAACGCGCAUCUGCCUCCGAAUGUUAAUGUGUUUAGGUGAUGUCAGUGGGAGCCGGGAAGGAGGGAGUGGGGAGAGCAGUUGGGCUUGGAGGCAGCAGAGGCUGCCAGGCUGCCGAGGGGACCCCCUUCCCGACUGCGGGGCUCGCGCUCCGGGACGAAGCGGCAGCGGGCGCGGGAGGCUGCCGCAGCCUGCGUGGGUGGACGGAGCUCAACUCCGGGGAGCAGGCGACCCGCACCGGCUCCAUGGACCUGCGAGCCUCACUGCUGUCCACUGGCCCCAAUGCCAGCAACACCUCUGAUGGGCCGGAUAACAUCACCUCGGCCGGGAUGCCUUCUCGCACGGGCAGUGUCUCCUACAUCAACAUCAUCAUGCCUUCGGUGUUUGGCACCAUCUGCCUCCUGGGCAUUGUAGGCAACUCCACGGUCAUCUUCGCAGUGGUGAAGAAGUCUAAGCUGCACUGGUGCAGCAAUGUCCCCGACAUCUUCAUCAUCAACCUGUCCGUGGUAGACCUUCUCUUUCUGCUGGGCAUGCCCUUCAUGAUCCACCAGCUCAUGGGCAAUGGGGUCUGGCACUUUGGAGAGACUAUGUGCACCCUCAUCACUGCCAUGGAUGCCAACAGUCAGUUCACCAGCACCUACAUCCUGACUGCCAUGGCCAUUGACCGCUACCUGGCCACUGUGCAUCCCAUCUCUUCCACGAAGUUCCGGAAGCCUUCAGUGGCCACCUUGGUAAUCUGCCUCCUGUGGGCCCUCUCCUUCAUUAGCAUCACCCCAGUGUGGCUCUAUGCUAGGCUCAUCCCCUUCCCGGGGGGCACCGUGGGCUGCGGCAUCCGCCUGCCCAACCCAGACACUGACCUCUACUGGUUCACCCUGUACCAGUUUUUUCUGGCCUUUGCCCUGCCCUUCGUGGUCAUCACUGCUGCCUAUGUGAGGAUUCUGCAGCGCAUGACGUCUUCAGUGGCCCCAGCCUCUCAACGCAGCAUCCGGCUGCGGACAAAGAGGGUGACACGCACAGCCAUUGCCAUCUGCCUUGUCUUCUUUGUGUGCUGGGCACCCUACUAUGUGCUGCAACUGACCCAGCUGUCCAUCAGCCGCCCGACCCUCACGUUUGUCUACCUGUACAAUGCAGCCAUCAGCUUGGGCUAUGCCAACAGCUGCCUCAACCCCUUUGUGUACAUUGUGCUCUGCGAGACAUUCCGAAAACGCCUGGUCCUGUCAGUGAAGCCUGCGGCGCAGGGACAGCCUCGCGCAGUCAGCAACGCUCAGACAGCUGAUGAGGAGAGGACAGAAAGCAAAGGCACUUGAAAUUUCCCUUGCCACCUGGACACCUCCAAGUCAGGUCACCACAUCAAGCCAUGGGGAGAAAUGCUGAGAAAAACUGCAGGCUGCCCUGGGGGGGGGAUGCAGGGAGGCUUGUGGGUGAAUGGUUGCUGCAACUAAGUACAUUUCGUAGGGCCCACAUUGCUGGGGAGCUUAGAGCCAGGCUGGGGGGCUUCCAACAUCAGAAAUCCACUUGGGGGAGUAGGAUGAGAGCUUGAGGUGAAAGAAAAGAUGAGCGAGAAGAAAAUGUUGGCUUGACGGUUCCAUUGAGCUGUUUGCUCCCAUAUGUCUUUUUCCCAAGGGAAGAGGUUGAAGGUGCCUAGCUGGGUUUAAAAUGCAGUAGGGCCAGGGGGUGGGCAGCUGGGGCCAUGUUGCCCAGGGCUCUGGGAAGACAGGCAGUGUGGCAUGGCCCGAAUGCUCUGUCCCAUCUCUCAUUGGUAUUAUAGGGGGCAGCCUUUCUCCCAAGCUGGUGGAUGAUGAAAACCGAAGCAU